AUGCAUUUGAUGUACACAUUAGACGCCGAAGGCAAGAGAAUUUACACCUUAAAGAAAAUCACUGAAGAUGGUGAAAUCACCAAGUCUGCUCAUCCAGCUAGAUUUUCUCCUGAUGAUAAAUAUUCAAGACAAAGAGUUACUUUAAAGAAGAGAUUCGGUUUAUUACCUACCCAAAACUAG